CCCAGCUCAGCUGCUGUUAUGUUCUGGGGAAGAGGCCCCGCCCACAGUCAGCGAUCCACUUCCGGUCAGCAGAGACAUGGAGCCCGGCGGGCAGGAUAUCAACCUUAACUCUCCCAACAAAGGUUUGCUGCCAGACAACAUGACCGAGGUUCCAGUAGGACCAGGAGGGGUAUGUGCGCCGGCCGACGCUGCUGGGGCUGUGCUACCAGAAGGCCUGACCGAGGCAGAGGCAGAAGAAUUGCGUAUUGAACUUGCUAAGGUAGAAGAGGAAAUCCUCACACUACGCCAGGUUCUCUCUGCUAAGGAACGUCAUGCCGCAGAAAUCAAGAGAAAGCUGGGACAGACUCCUCUUAACCAGCUCAAGAUGAACCUUUCCAAGAGCCUGCAAGAAGUUCAAAUGUCUAAUGCUUAUGUAAAAACCUCAGAGAAAAUUGGAGAAUGGAACGAAAAAGUGACCCAGUCUGAUGUCUAUAAGAAGACACAGGAGACUCUGACACAGGCUGGUCAGAAAACAUCUGCCGCACUAUCCAACGUGGGAACUGCCAUCACACGGAGACUGGGGGACAUGAGGGCUCUCCCUUUCUCUCAGUCUUUUAGCAGUUACUCCAUCCGUCACUCCAUAAGCAUGCCGGCCAUGAGGAAUUCAACAACUUUUAAAUCUUUUGAGGAACGCGUCGGGAGUAUGAAGACCAGGGUAUCUACUGGCAGAGAAGAAAACGGCAGCGCUAAUUUGCACUCUUCAGACAGCAAGUCACAGGACACCGCUCCCUUCUAGGCCUCUCCUGAUCUCUUCACUUUGUUUACCCAUCAUAACCUGUAGUGCACUCAUCUCACAGCUCAGUGGCUGGCAAGGGAAUUAAAUAAAGACACUAAAAUCUCGCCCCACUUCCCACCAGUCAUAUGCUGUGUCUCCCCUCCCAAAAUCUGUACAUUCCCCCUUAUUUCGUACAUAAUAGCCUGGCCCUGCUCUCCUUCACAAGUACAGGGAAUGUCAAGCAGAUUGCUUCAGUUCUGCCAACCUCUGCUUUGGAAGUGGGAGACUUCAUUUUUGUUAUUUUUGUCUGUUUCUGCCAGGUGUAGGGAAUUGGUGGUGGUGGGAUUGUUGCAUUAUCAGGUUUAGGCUCAACUGUUUGGUGUUGGAAAAUUAUUUUAAGCCCCUAGUCCAGGGGUGCCCCAAAGUUAGAUCCCCAUAGGUUGAGUUUAAAUUCCUGUCUUGCUUUGCCAACCUUUAGAAUGGCAAAGUAUCAAGGAGGUUGUAUUUCUAGAACAUUUGGUGAUCCACAUUUUGGGAACCCCAGAUAUAGUCUGUGCAAUAAAAGAAUAUUCUGUUAUAUGCAAUGUAUCAAGGAGACUGCAUAUUCCUAAUUUUAAGAGGGGGGGGGGGGGCGUGGGGGGAGUUUGUCGCAAAAUAGAGCUAAUUGGGGAUGCAAAGCUUGAUAUUUGAAACAACCUUCAAAUUACGCAAUGUAAAUACGAUUAAUCCUGCUAGAUUAAAGGAAGUAUUUUU